AGCUUAUACCUUUGAAACUGAUAAAGCAUCAAUGAUUUUGGGCGGAUACUUUUAAGACGUUCAAUGCUUACUUAAAUUAUCAUUAACAUACUCUGAACUACCUAUAAUAAAAAAAACUGUGUUCAUUUAAAAUUACUUUGAGAGUUUAUUUUAAAAAUAUACCUAUUUGCAUUACUUGACGCCAUUAUGAAAAUCUGUGGACCAAAACUAUCCCUUUGUGGGAUUAUAAUUAGCAUUUGGGGAAUAAUCCAAUUGGUUUUGAUGGGAUUUUUUUACUACAUCCAUAGUGUUGCUCUUAUUGAUGAUUUAAACAUAAGUGAAGAACACAAAUUCAAAAAUCCUGCAGAAUUUUAUAGUGCAGCUGAUAAACUGUACUAUUUAAAUGCAUAUAACUGCUGGAUUGCUGCUUGUCUCUACAUAUUUACACUAGUAUUCUCUGGACAUCAAUUUUACAUGAAUAAUCGGAAUACAAUGAGUUUAUAAUGUAUAAUCUGUAUUAUAAUUUAUUUUUUUUAAUUUAAACAUUUCACAUAUGUAGGUAGGAACCUUAAAAAGGUUUGGGUUAACUAAACUUCAGUUACAAUAAAAUUAAAUGAAUAUAGAAAUAAUAUAUCAGUUAAUAAAAAAUUAUGUAUAUUUUUUUAUCACUUCAUUUAUAAAAAAAAAAAAAUUAUGUAUCAAUUUUUCAAUUAUUCCAUCUCUUUAAUAAACUAGGAUUUUAAGUUGAUAGUUUAAUAUGUAUUUUAUUCAAUAUUAGUUUGUAGAUUACAUUGUUAUACACUUCAUUUUUAAAAAAAUUAAUUUAUUAUAUUUUUGUUGAGAACAAUA